AUCUCGGCCUCAGGACGAUGCCAUCUCCUCACAGAAACAUGAUUUUCACAAACGCAAUCACAACCGACGCCGUUCCGCAGCCUAGAACUUCUCCGGUCCCUACCCACCAGGUCACCGUCCACGAUCGUCGGCGCGGAGUUGUUCACCAAUUCCUCGUGCCUGAGGACCAGUACAUACUACACACUGCCGAGUCACAGAACAUCUCAUUGCUCUUCGCUUGCAGGCACGGUUGUUGUACUAGUUGUGCUGUUAGAGUAAAAUCCGGGCAAAUAAGGCAACCUGAGGCUCUCGGAAUAUCUGCUGAACUGAAGUCUAAGGGCUAUGCAUUACUUCUGUAGGGGUUCCCAUCUUCUGAUCUAGAAGUGGAAACACAAGACGAGGAUGAGGUCUACUGGCUUCAAUUUGGAAGAUAUUUUGCCCGAGGGCCUAUUGAAAGGGAUGACUAUGCACUGGAGUUGGCCCUGGCUGAUGAGUGAUGCAAGCUCAGAACUGUAGACGGCUGAAAUACUUGAUUCCUUUCGAGACCAAUU